AUGUCCAUUCUAAGACUCACUGGAACGUUCUUUGGAUUACAUUUACGCUCUUGGGCCGUACUGGCCAUUGGUAUGCUGAUAGUUCUAACUGCUUACCGAUCUGUGAGUGACUUGAGUAAGCGGGUUACUUUACUUGGGAAUGCAAGAUUGAAGUUAG